AUGACGCAAGACCAAGACAGGGAAAAUGAAGGUAAGCGUCCUUUGGUCAGCGUAGAAAUAGACUUCCAAAAAAUAUUUAUCAUAGGGAGUGUGUGCUGUUAUUUGACGUGCAUUUUUCCAUUCUAUUGGCAGAAAAUUGCUGACCAGAAGCUGUCGGCGUUCUCCACAGGCUCGAUGGGGACCCGCGGACUCUCUAAGAAAGAGAUAGAAGAGCUCAAGAAGAAGGAAGAGGAAGAAGCCGCUGCUCAUGUUUUCAAAGAGUUUGUGGAGACCUUCCAGGAGGCUCCGAGCACCACAUCAAAAGUUUGGGUGAAGGCUGGCACCUAUGAUGCAGGGGCCAGAAAGGAAGAUACAUCAGAACGGGGCAAACUCUACAAACCUAUUUCCCGGUUAGAUGACAAGCAAAGGAAUUCGGAAGCGGAUUUGGUCCGUAACCUUGUUCAGAGGCAGGAUCAACUGUCAAGAGCGAGCAUUCGAAACAAACUGUCUAAAGAUAAGAAGAAGAGCAAUUUAGAACUUUUUAAAGAGGAGUUGAGACAAAUCCAAGAGGAACGGUCAGAGCGUCACAAGUACAAGAAUGUGCUACGAGAACGAGGAACCAUCGGCAAUGAGCCCAUGAUUGACAUGAUGCCUGAUAUAGGCUCUUAUGAUACCGGCGAUCCCAAUACUACUAACUUAUAUUUGGGCAAUUUGAAUCCUAAGAUAACAGAGCAACAGUUAAUGGAGAUCUUUGGUCGCUAUGGGCCACUUGCAAGUAUCAAGAUCAUGUGGCCUAGGUCGGAUGAGGAGAAGGCGCGUGGCCGGAAUUGUGGCUUUGUCGCCUUCAUGUCUCGGAAGGACGGAGAACGAGCUCUGAGAUGUAUAAACGGAAAAGAAAUAAUGAGCUACGAGAUGAAGCUCGGUUGGGGUAAGGCAGUGGUAAUUCCUCCAGUCCCUAUCUACAUCCCGCCUGCACUGCAACAGCCCACCAAGCCGCCCCCGCCUUCCGGCUUGCCGUUCAACGCUCAGCCGCCAAAGCAUCUUAUGAACAAGAUCCCACGCAUACCUCCAGGAGAUUACUAUCCAAGGGAUCUGGAUGACAGAAAUAUGUACGAGCAGAUAUUAUCACAAUCCAUCGUCAAGGUCGUCGUACCUACAGAAAGGAACAUCCUAAUGUUGAUUCACCGCAUGGUUGAGUUCGUGAUCCGCGAGGGCCCCAUGUUUGAGGCAAUUAUUAUGAACAAAGAGAUGAACAACCCCUUCUUCCGGUUCCUUUUUGAAAAUCAGUCGCCGGCACACAUUUAUUACAGAUGGAAGCUCUUCUCAAUGCUGCAAGGUGACUCUCCCAAGCAAUGGCAGAUGAACGAUUUCCGUAUGUUUUGCGGUGGGUCGGUAUGGCGGCCACCAGUCAUGAAUCUGUACACCGCUGGCAUGCCUGACGAGCUGGUUGAAGAGGACGACGCUAAGGAUAACAUUAGAGGCACAUUGUCUAACAACCAACGCGACCGCCUGGAAGAGCUGAUCCGCAGCCUGACGCCGUCCCGCACGAGUGUGGGCGAGGUGAUGGCGUGGUGCCUGGAGCACGCGGAGGCGGCCGGCGAGAUCGCGCAGUGCCUGGCCGAGGCUCUGUCGGGCGAGCACACGGCGCCUCACAAGCGAAUCGCGCGCCUCUACCUCAUGUCCGACGUUCUGCACAACGCCGGCGCCAAGCUCACCAACGCCAGUGCCUACCGGAACGCGUUCCAACAAAAGCUAAUAGAGAUAAUGCGCAAUUCGCAUCAAGCGUGGUCCAAAAUGACGUCACGAUUGCAACAGGAAGGUUUCCGCGCCCGAGUCACGCGCAUACUACAGGCGUGGGCCGACUGGGCUGUUUACCCUACCGACUUCUUGCUGAGGCUCAAUGAUGUCUUCUUGGGACAGGAUAAGGAACCGGUCCAAGGAAUAGUAGAAACCCAAGAACGUGAAGGCUCCCCAGCAAAUUCCACAGCAUCAGAAGGAUCCUGGGAGGGAGGAGGGUCGGGUGGUCCGCUAGAUGGCGCUGCGCUGAGGAGGAUGGCCGCAGAAAGGAGACAUGUGGAGGACGAUAUCGACGGAGUACCUGUGGACGAGGACAUAGACGGGGUACCCCUCGAAGCAGACAUGGAGGGCUCACCAUCAGGCGAGGGUGACUCUUCGCGCAGCCAGCCGGUGGGCGCCUUCAUCCCUUCGCGCUGGGAGACCGUGGACCCGCAGCCCGCGGCGCCGUCCGACACGUGGCCGACGCCGGCACGGCCGCCGGACGAGCCGUCACCGGUACACAACGCGCAGCAGCAGAACGACAGCGAGGAGCAGUGCCUGAAGCGCGAAACGCUGCGCGAGAUCGAGGUGCGCGUGCUGAAGUAUGCGGACGAGCUGGAGGCGGGCGUGCGCGCGCGCAGGCCCGGUCUUGCCGCGCAGCAGCAGAUCCAGCACUACCGGCGGAAGCUGAUCAAAAAGGCGGUUCGAGAAGCCAAAGAAGCAGAGGAAACACGUGAUUCGCCCGAGAGAAGGCGUUCGGAGCCUGUGGAGGAUGACGCUUACUCUACAUCAUCCAAAAAAUCUAAGAAAUCUCGCGAGCCGUCUCUCUCACCCCCACCAAAGCGAUCGCGUCACGACAGAAAAUCGCGCUCCCGAUCAAGAUCCCGCGAGCGCGACAGAGAGCGCGAUAGGUCACGAGAGCGCGAAAGAGAACGAGAUAGAGAGCGGGAGAGAGAACGGGAGAGGGAGCGAGAUAGAAGACGGCGGUCGCCUGCCACGCCACCGCACCACCACAGGAAGCAUAAACACGCUAAAUAUAAGUACUGAUUUGUUUGUAAGGAAAUAAUAAAUAAAUG